GUUACGCUACUUCUGAACAACAUAUUCUGCAAGAACUAAGCAAKAUUGCAYCCUAGAACAUUURAAAUGUAUUAGAAUUGAUCGUAAUUUAGCCGUUGUAUCAGUURCACCAUGGCUGAGAGGACUAGCGAGUCCUUCAGCGAUCGCUCGRCGCAAAACAGUUCUUCAGUACCGACUGGUCCAGURCCUUUCGGUGUAUCACUCGUGUCCGGUGGUAUAGCUGGUACUGCAGUAGACGUCACACUCUUUCCACUAGACACAAUCAAGACUCGCAUGCAAUCAGCUGAAGGAUUCUUUAAAGCAGGAGGAUUUAAGAGAAUAUACAGUGGUAUAGGGUCAGCAGCUACUGCUGCCGCACCUGCAGCUGCAAUAUUUUUUGCUUCAUAUGAACUGACCAAAAACAUACUUACCCCGACCCUACCUUCAUCAAUGUUGCCUCUUGUUUACAUGGUGUCUGCCUCUGUUGGAGAYGCGGCUUCUCUUGURUUAAGAUGUCCUUUUGAAGUUGUAAAGCAAAGAGCACAAGCUUACUCUAAUAUGUCUAGUUURCAAGCAUUUAAAUUCACUAUAGGGCAAGAGGGAUUUAAAGGAUUAUAUAGAGGGUUUUUAAGUACACUAGCAAGAGAGGUUCCAUUUGCAUUUAUUGAAAUGCCUAUAUGGGAAUUCUUAAAGACUGGUUGGUCCAGGUUUCAGGGUUACAAUGUAAAUGCCUUUCAGUCUAGUAUUUGUGGAGCUAUGGCAGGUGCAUUUGCUGCUGCUGUUACUACUCCUUUGGAUGUUGUCAAGACAAGAAUCAUGCUAGCACCAAAAGGYAGUAUAGAAACCAAAAUAAAUAUUUAUCGCAUGUUGCUACUUGUAAGGAAAGAACAAGGAAUUCGAGGUCUCUUUGCUGGAGUUACAAUCCGUGUGACGUGGAUAGCCCUUGGAGGGGCCGUGUUCUUUGGUUUCUAUGACAAAGCUAAACACGUAUUGAUGAAAGCUAGAAAUAUAAACAGCCUUGAUAGCUGACCAAAAGAACGGCUUUGGGCCGGGAUUCCUGUGUAUUUGCAGACUCCUCCCCAGGCAACUCUUUUUUUCCUCCUCCGGGCUUCCUUUGUUAACGGUCAUGUUGACUACUGACCCCAUUCUCCCUCAUUCCUAAAAAAAGAGAGGAAGCCCGUGACUUAGUGAUGCCUGGGAAGGAGGCUAGGAUAAAAAACGUUCAAUCGCACAUGACCAAACUUACCAAACAAAUACAUUUCGCGAGGAAGUACACAGAGAACAAAAUUGAUUGCAAAAUAAAUAUAGUAGAAGUAUUUAGUAUGUUAUUAAAAACUUUAUAAUUGAUUGAUUUGUUGUUUUCUAUAUGAGACGUUUAUCUUGUAAAGGGAUUUUCCGCAAUCCCCUUUUAGGAUAGCACUCUACCAGAUAAGACYAUUAGUACACCUUUAUCGCGUUAUCUUAUUGAAAUUGCUUGAUGUAAUGGAUGUUAGGUACUGAAUUCUCUAAGUUUCUAGUGUGAAAUUACUAGUUUUUUACUGACACCUGAAUUUAGAAUAAUAGUUGUAGUCGUAAUUCCUAGAAAUGUCUGAUUUUUGCCYAAACCAAAAAAUAAGGGAAAAACUAAAAUAAAGACAGUGAAAURUUA